UUUUUGCCUCCACCACCGCCUCUCACGCUCACUUCUUGUGGGCCACAGACCCCAAAAUAAAAGCCGAGCUAUGGGUUCUCCUUUCCAAGCUCGCCAAAGGUACAGCUGAAGGCGGUACAUGGGAAGCAAUGCGGUCCCAGGGGCGGAAACGAGAGCGGCAUUGGCGGAACAGGAAAAGGCCAGGCUCUCGCCUAGGGCACGGAGGCUCCGCCUCCCAAUGUCACUUCCGUAAACAAAGCGCACUGUGGAGGCGCGAGGUCCGGGAUGUGACCCCAGCUCAAGCUGCGGCGGUAGCAUUGGCGGCUGCAGCUGCGCCGGUGGCUUCGGAGGCCCCGGAGUCUUUGCAAGCUGAGGAAGAGGACCCCGAUCCCCUUCUUCCUGAGGUCAUAAGAAGCUGGCCUUGGUGCAGUAAGGAACUUAAAACAAUGGAGGAGCGCAAAGUGAAGAGGAGGAGUCCUAAGUCUUUUAGUGCCCACUCUACUCAGGUUGUUAAUGCCAAAAAAAAUGCCAUUCCAGUUAGUAAAAGCACAGGGUUUUCAAAUCCUGCAUCCCAGUCAACUUCACAGCGACCAAAGUUAAAAAGAGUGAUGAAAGAAAAGGCCAGACCUCAGGGUGGAGAAGGCAAAGGCGCUCAGUCAACCCCGAUCCAACACUCCUUUCUCACUGAUGUCUCUGAUGUCCAGGAGAUGGAGAGGGGGCUCCUCAGCCUUUUGAAUGACUUCCAUUCUGGAAAACUCCAAGCGUUUGGAAAUGAAUGUUCCAUUGAACAGAUGGAACAUGUUCGGGGAAUGCAAGAGAAAUUAGCUCGCUUGAAUUUGGAGCUCUAUGGAGAGUUAGAGGAACUUCCUGAGGAUAAGAGAAAAGCAGCCAGUGACUCCAAUCUCGAUAGGCUUCUGUCUGAUCUAGAAGAAUUGAAUUCUUCGAUACAGAAACUACAUUUGGCAGAUGCUCAAGAUGUUCCAAACACUUCUACCAGCUAAAAUGAAGUGCACUUGCUUUCUCGUGGUUUGAAGAAAAGCAGCAUCCUUUACUUUUCCAGCUGAAUCCAGUAGCAGAAUCAUCUUCCACAAUAGGAAUUAAAGUAAUCAAAGUGCAAGUGCAGUGAUUGCUUUCACAUGCUGCUUUUAGUUAACGUGCCAUAAUUCACCGUAACUGGAGGCCUAGGCCUUGUUGAAGGCUUAAUCAGGAAAUGUGAUACAGAGCUUUUGCUGCUAUGCUUUAUAUUGUUGCCUUAUGGGGUUAUACUUGAAAUGUGUUGUGCUAAAUGUUGUCGAUAGGGCUGAAGGAUCUAUCCUUCCUGAGCUCACCAAACUUAUUCCACUGUUGGUCCCAAGUUGAUGGUGCACAGGCUUUUCGUGGCAGCCCAGCUUCAGUUUACAGUAGACAAUCAAUAGACACGCCUGGCGUGUUUUCCAAUGGCCAGUGACAAUAAAAUGUUUAAUGAUUAUUUGCGAAAUUUGCUAUUUUUAAUAAAGUGAUUGUUUUAAAUU